AUGAUAUCCCGUGCUCUACGUCUCAACAGCAUCAAGUCGCGCCAUCGGCGUUCGCUGCAUAUGUUUCGCAAUACAAUAUCGAAGAAGUUGGAGCAUUACAGUCAGUUUCAACCUUCAGCACUCACAAUACAACAGUACCUGGAUUUUGGACUAAAUGGUACGGCACAAUCGUCGUACUUAUUCUUGCGGAAGGAGUUGUUGGUUCGACUCGCUAAUAUUAUGCAGGUAAGCUCAUAUUAUUGUUGUUUGGUUUUUAGAUAAUUGAAGUAAGUUCUAUGUUAUGGAUUAUACUUAUUUGGUUUACCCAAUAUGUAAAAUAUGUUGCAGGAGAUAAACCUUUUACCUCCGAUGCUGUUGAGAAUGCCUAGCACUAAAAUUGUAAGUGAAUGGUACCAACAAAGUUUUGACGAUCUAUUGGCAUUUGAAAGUGUUGAGCCGACGUUUGAGCAAAUUUCAGUGUAAGGUUUGUUUGUACUAACGUUCAGUUGAUAUUUUAGGUAAAAAAAUUAGAUGUGUUUAUUUAUGCUUUAAAUAGUAUAAACUAUAUGUUUGAUUAACAGUUUCGAUCUUUUUUUAGUUUUAACGACACAUUACAACAAAUAUUAAAAAGACACGGGCAUGUCGUGGAAACAAUGGCAGAAGGGUUACUGGAACUAAAAGAAGCAAACGGUGUAGAUAUAGCCAGUGAACGUGGUAUACAAUACUUUUUGGAUCGUUUUUAUUUAAACCGUAUUUCGAUACGUAUGUUACAAAAUCAGCAUUGUAAGUCUUCAUUUUUUGGCAAGUUUUAUUUUAGUUUUUAAACGUUAUGUUAUGUGUGAAUUAUAGUGGUCGUAUUCGGAUCAGUAUUGCCUGAGAGUCCAACUCACGUUGGAUGUAUUGAUCCGGCUUGUGAUGUAGAAAGCGUUGUCAAGGAUGCGUACGAAAACGCGCGGUUUUUAUGUGACAGGUACUACCUUGCAAGCCCUGCUAUGAAUUUGGAAUGCCAUAACACAGUACAUCCUGACAAGCGGAUUACGGUCGUCUCGGUACCAUCUCAUUUGUAUCACAUUAUGUUUGAGUUGUUCAAAAACGCAAUGAGAGCGACUGUUGAAUUCGUUGGGGUUGACGAAGAUCUGCCUCCAGUGCACGUUCGUGUUGUUCGAGGAGCCGAAGAUUUGUGUAUUUGGGUAAUUUAAAAAAUAUAUUUUGUACUUCUAUAUGUAAGAAAUUACAAUGUCAAGUGCUGUUAAAAGCUUUAUUUUUUAGAUUAGUGACAAAGGUGGCGGCGUUUCAAGAACGACUCUGGAGAAGUUGUUCAACUAUAUGUACAGUACAGCACCCCCACCGCCUCGUGACGGUAGCCAAGCGCCUUUGGUAGGUUUUCGAAGGAAGCGGGGGCUUCUGGUGCGUCUUUCUUCUUCCUCUAUCUGUAUACUUAUUAAUAUAUCCUAAAUUAAUCUUCCUUUUAAUGUAUUGUAUACACUUAAUGUUUAGUAUUAUACUAAUAUUAUUAAAUAGGUCUUUUUCAAAACUUUUUGUUAAUCGAUCUAAUAUUAAAUAUAUAUUUUUUGAUUCCGCAUACCAUAUUUCAUAUUAUUGUAUUUUACAAGAUUUAAUAUACUUAUAUCAUAACUUUUUUCAUUUUUCAGGCUGGAUAUGGUUACGGCUUGCCAUUGUCUCGGUUAUAUGCCCGCUACUUCCUCGGCGACCUAAACUUAAUGUCAAUGGAAGGAUACGGUAGUCAAGCCUACAUAUAUUUGAAGGCUUUACCAGUUGAUGCCACAGAAGUAUUACCCAUCUAUAGCACAUCAUCUCGCCGAACACUCACAAUGGGCGCACAAGCAGCUGACUGGUCACAUGUACCUCCAUCACAACGCCAUUAA